AUGCAGUCCACCCGUUCUUGGGUUAUCCAAGGACCAAUGGAAGAGAAGUACGCGCGAGAUGCGAUCGUUACUACCAAGGACCCAGUUCCCCGCCAGUGGAAGAUCCUUCGAGUGGUCAGCGAAUAUGAUUAUCAGCGAUCUUCGGAGGUAGUCCAGCAGGGGCAGAGUGUCAUUGUCCAGAUAUUCCCAAAACCCCCCCUUGCAGAGAUGCGUGUUCACCUACAAGUCCCACAUACUAACACCGAGCUCCAAGCUUCUCAGAUCCGUGCUCGUCAAGCGGUGAAAUUCCGGCCGGAUGAGCUCAAGUUUCUCAAAAUCCUAACUGCAGACCCGUCUACAUCCGCAUUCACACCAAAGCUACUUGGAUACCAAGAAAAAAGACAGGGAGCCGAAGAUUUAGUUCUGGGUGGCUUUCAUACUAUCGUUGUCUGGGAGCAUCUUCCAGGGCUUCCUCUCGGGGGCCCUACCACAGAUCCGGGUUCUUUUGGCAGUUAA